CCCGCCCCGCCCCGCCCGCAGUUGUGGCGCUUGCGGCCGUCAUGGCGCUGUCGGCGCAGCUGCUCCGCGGGGUCGCCCGCAGCUCGCCUGUCCUCGCCCUCUCCGGCACGGCGGGCCGGCGAGCGCUGGGCUCCGCGCCGCCGAGGCUGCCGGCGGGCCGGGGGGGCCGGCGGGCCGCGCUGGGGGCGGCGGCGGCGGCGGCGGCGGCGGGGGGGGCGGCGGCGGCGGCGCUGGGCGGGCUGUGGCUGUGGCUGUGGCGGCGGGCCGCGAUGGCGGCGUCCGAGGAGGAUGAGGAUGAGGCGGCGGCGGAGGAGGAGCUGCGGCAGCCGUUCAUGGCGCCGCCGGUGAGCGGGCUGCGGGAGCUGCGGCGGCGGCGGCGGGAGGUGCGGAGCCGCAUGGAGCUGCUCAUCAUGGAGACGCAGGCGGAGGUGUGCCGCGCCCUGGCCGCGCUGGACCCCGCCGCCGCCUUCGCCGUCGACACCUGGGAGAGGGAAGAAGGCGGCGGCGGGAUCAGCUGCGUGCUGCAGGACGGCGAGGUCUUCGAGAAGGCGGGCGUGAACGUGUCCGUGGUGUUCGGGCUCCUGUCCGAGGAGGCGGCGCGGCAGAUGCGAAGCAGGGGCAAGUCUCUGAAGGCCAAGGACGGGAAACUGCCUUUUUGCGCCAUGGGUGUGAGCUCUGUUAUCCAUCCAAAGAACCCUCAUGUUCCAACCAUGCACUUCAACUACAGAUACUUCGAAAUCGAAGAAGCAGACGGAACUAAACAGUGGUGGUUUGGUGGUGGGACUGACCUCACUCCAACUUACUUGAAUGAAGAGGAUGCCAUUCAUUUUCACAAGACACUGAAAGAAGCCUGCGACAAGCAUGAUCUGAAGCUGUAUCCCAAGUACAAGAAAUGGUGUGAUGACUACUUCUAUAUCAAGCACCGUGGCGAGCGAAGAGGGAUUGGAGGCAUAUUCUUUGACGACUUGAACUCUCCCUCCAAGGAGGAGGUAUUCCAGUUUGUGAAGAGUUGUGCCAAAGCUGUUGUGCCUUGUUACGUUCCCAUUGUGAAAAGGCACUGCCAUGACUCCUUCACACCAGAGGAAAAGCUAUGGCAGCAGCUUCGGAGAGGACGGUAUGUAGAGUUCAACUUGGUUUAUGACAGAGGUACAAAGUUUGGCCUCCUGACACCAGGAUCAAGAAUUGAAAGCAUUCUCAUGUCUCUGCCACUGACUGCAAGGUGGGAGUACAUGCACACCCCUCCAGAGAGCUCAAAAGAAGCAGAAAUCCUGGAGGUUCUGCGCAAUCCCAAAGACUGGGUGCACUGACAAGGAUUGUGAACCAGAUGGACUGCUAACACUGAGCCAUUAUGAAAGGACACGAACACCUGCAAACCAGCUCAUUCAAACUACAUGCUGUUUUAGUAUAGCUAUUUAUACUCUUACCUGGUGCCUUAAUGCUGUACAGUUGUUACAACUUGCAAAUACGUGAAGUCAUUUUUUAAGAUUGAUCAGCUAAUGUUAUCACUCACCCCCUGUUGAUGUUGCCUUGUGACGAACUGGCAGUACCCUCAUGGGACUACUGUGCAUGCUUAAGAAUUUCCUCAGAUGAUUUGUUUGACUGCAAAAUGGCAAACUACUGUAAAGUGUUCUCCCAGUGGAGUGAAGGCAUUAUCUGUGCCUAAAUAGCACUGCUUACUCUUAGAAAAUGUUGGGAUGCUUUAGAAAUACUUUUUUUUUUUUUAAGAAUAAAGGGAGUAUUUGGUAUGAUUUUAAA